CCCACCGGGACCGGGCGCCCGAGGUGCCUGCCGAGAGCGGAGAUAUGAGCAGCUGCCGGCGGGACGCCAAUGAGGAGUUCAAUGAACAGCUGAGGCUCCAGCAGCUCCAAGAGGAGGCCAAGCUCUCGGCCGGCGGCUCGCCGGAGGGCCCCGAGGGCGAUGACCCUUACACUUUCGUGGACCCGGCCGAUGGCACCGCCUACGAAUGGGACCGGGACAAGAAGGCAUGGUUCCCUAAGAUUACGGAAGAUUUCCUUGCCAAUUAUCAGGCCAAUUAUGGGUUCCCUGCUGAUAGCUCCUCUUCUUCCGGUGGGCAGAAAGAGAAGCAGGCUGAUGUGGAGGUAAAAGCUUCGCAAAAACCUACAGAUCAAAAAGCCUCACAAAACCCUGAAAAGAAACAGAAAGGUGAAAAAAGAAAGCCUGAGCCAGGGUGGUUUCAUGUCGAGGAAGACAAAAAUACAAAUGUAUAUGUGACUGGCUUACCUCCAGACAUCACAAAAGAUGAAUUUGUACAGCUCAUGUCCAAAUGUGGCAUCAUCAUGAGAGACCCACAGACAGAAGAAUAUAAAAUUAAGCUUUAUAAAGACAAACAAGGAAAUCUUAAAGGAGAUGGACUUUGCUGUUAUCUGAAGAGGGAGUCUGUGGAUCUAGCAUUAAGACUUCUGGAUGAUGAUGAAAUCAGAGGCUACAAACUGCAUGUGGAAAUGGCAAAGUUUCAGCUAAAAGGAGAAUAUGAUGCCAGCAAGAAGAAGAAGAAAUGCAAAGACUAUAGGAAGAAGAUGUCACAGCAACAAAAACAGCUGGAUUGGCGACCUGAAAAGAAAGCCAACACUGCUCGAAUGCGGCAUGAGCGGGUGGUUAUUAUCAGGAAUAUGUUCCACCCCAAGGAUUUCGAGGCAGAUCCAUUGGUACUAAAUGAGAUCCGGGAAGAUCUCCGAUCAGAGUGUGAAAAGUUUGGGCAAGUUAAGAAGGUCCUUGUAUUUGACAGACACCCAGAUGGAGUGGCCUCUGUGUCCUACAAAGAACCAGAAGAAGCUGACCUGUGUAUACAAGCCCUCAAUGGGAGGUGGUUUGGUGGUCGUCAGUUAAAUGUGGAAGUGUGGGAUGGUGUGACUGAUUUUCAGGUGGAGGAGACAUCCAGAGAGAGGGAAGAAAGACUGAAAGGUUGGGAGUCUUUUUUAGAGCAUCAUAACAAACAGAAAGAAACCGAUUCUGCUGAUCCAAAUUCUGCUUCUGGAAGUGUGGCCCUGGCAAAAGGGAAAUCAUCCCCAGCGGAUAUGACCUCACCUGGAGCAAAGGAGGAAGCUGGUAAUGGGGAAUGCAGUAGAGGAGGGACCCAAUCUAAGGACAGCAGUUUGGGCCUCGGUGAUAAUCAAGUCCAGGGAUGCCAUUAACCCCUUAAGCAUGCUUUGUAGGGCAAUGUUUGGAUUUCUUUCUUUGUGCUUCUGGGUGAUUACUGGUAGUAUUUCCAUGAAUACAUGCAUAUUAAUCAGAUGUCAUCCACUUAGUGCUUUGAAGUUUUCAUUAAAAGCAGUAUUUAAUGAGGAA